AUGACACCUCCACCAGGGCUCUGUGUUGAUAAAGGUCAAGUUUGCAAAUUGAAAACGUCAUUGUAUGGGCUGAAGCAAGCUAGCAGGCUGUGGAACAAUAAACUCAAGUCAGUCCUGAUUGAGCUUGGAUACAAACAAUGCCGAUCCAAUUAUAGCUUAUUCACCAAGCAUUCUGAUCAUGGUUUCACAGCAAUCUUGGUCUAUGUGGAUGAUCUAGUGUUGGCUGGGAAUGAUAUGCGUGAAAUUAACAUCAUCAAAAGGGUGUUGCAUGAUCGAUUUCGCAUAAAGGAUAUUGGGGACCUAAAAUUUUUCCUUGGAUUUGAGGUGGCCCAAUCAAACAGAGGAAUUGCACUAUAUCAGAGGAAAUAUGUAGUUGAUAUACUCACAGAUUUUGGGUUUAUUAAUUGUAAGCCAAUCUCCACCUCCAUGGAUUACAGUGCCAAGUUGAGACAGGAUAGUGGCACAUUACUCCCACAUGCUACAAGAUAUUGCAAAUUAGUUGGGAAGCUACUAUACUUGAAAAAUACUCGUCCAGACAUUAGUUUUGCAAUUAGUAGACUUAGUCAGUUUUUUGACAAGCCUACCAAUGUACAUCUUCAUGCAGCUCAUAGGAUUCUGAGGUACCUAAAGUCUGCUCCAGCACAGGGCCUCUUCUUCCCUACCUCCUCUGACCUGUGCAUCACUGGCUUCUCAGAUUUAGACUGGGCUACAAGUCCGGAUACCAGGCGUUCUACUUCAGCCUACUAUUUCUAUCUUGGCUCAUCUUUGAUUUCUUGGAAGAGCAAAAAUCAAUGUAUUAUUUCGUGUAGUUCAUCAGAAGCCGAGUAUCGUGUAUUGGCUGCAGCAACCACAGAAGCUAUUUGGCUGGGGUAUCUCAUGAAGGAUCUAGGAAUGCCACUGACGAAGCUGAUUAGCCUUUUCUGUGAUAGUUAA